AUGGCUAAGACUGGAUCGAAGGGAUCGAAGAAGUCAGCUAAAAGGUCGAGUGCAGCAUCGACAUCAAAGCAAAAAAAGACGAAGAAAGUCAAGGAUCCGAAUGCACCAAAGCGAGCCAAGUCAGCUUACAUGUUCUGGCUGUUGGAAAAUCGUUCUCGUAUAGCAAAGCCUGGUAUGUCCGUCAUUGAUGUAAGCAAGGCGGCAGGUGUUGAAUGGGGCAGAGUAAAAGACAAGAGUAAAUACGAGAAGAUGGCCAGCCAGGAUAAGCAACGAUAUGAAGCGGAAAAGAAAAAAUACAAGAAGAAAUAA